UCAGGAAGAGGAAGAUGUCCCUCCUCCCUUAGUUACGAUGGUCGCUCGGAUUCUCGCCUCUCAUCAGGACUUCUCUGCGGAUUCGAUCUCAGGCUGAGCUCCGAAGCUGACGGAGGACAGGUGGAGUCAUCAUGGGUAAAAAACAGGAGCAGAGCCCGGAGCCUGAGUACGGAGAAUCGGCUCAGUUUGACCCGAACUUCAAAGGACCCAUUCAGAAAAGGGGCUGCACUGACAUCGUCUGCUGUAUCCUGUUCAUGGCCGUCAUUCUCGGCUACAUAGCGGUCGGGGUGUUAGCGUGGCUCUAUGGUGAUCCCAGGCACGUUCUUUAUCCGAGAAACUCCACUGGGUGGUUCUGUGGCAUCGGACCAAAUAAAGACAAACCCAACGCCUUCUACUUUAACAUCCUCAAAUGUGCCACAUCUGUCAAUGUCAUGGCAACUGCUCUUAAUGGUUUCCAGUGUCCAACCACACAGGUUUGUGUGGCAAAAUGUCCGUCUACCUUCUGGGCUGUGGCGAUACCAUCGUAUAUUCCAGGUGUGUCACCAGCAAGUGUCUUCAAUGAGAGCUUCUGUGUGCCAUCUUUAGACCUGGCAACUACUGACCUGAGUGUUAAUGAAAUCGUGGAGAAGGAGCUGUGUCCUUACUUCCACAUGCCUACGACCUCUGUUCUGGGACGGUGUAUGCCUGAUAUCACAGAACUGGCCAAUAUCCCUGCGGACUUCUCAAAUAUUCCAGGUCUGCCCUCCUCGGUUAACUACACUGUCGACCUCAUCAUGAACGGCACUGGCACACGGGACAUUGUGAAUGGCUUCAAUGCCAGAGACAUCGGUGUCCGAAUCUUUGAGGACUUUGCCUCCUCGUGGCCGUGGAUCCUCCUUGGUCUUGUCAUAGCCAUGGUGGUCAGUCUGCUGUUUCUGCUCCUGCUGAGAUUCACUGCUCCGAUCAUGGUGUGGGUGCUCAUCAUAGGAGUCCUGGGAGCUGGAGCUUAUGGUAUAUAUCACUGCUACUGGGAGUAUGACAACCACAAGAAAAUGUCCGCCAGCAUCAGUGACAUCGGUUUCACCACCAACUUCAACGUUUAUCUACAAGUCCAAGAAACCUGGCUGGCAUUCUUGAUAAUCGUAUCUGUGCUGGAGGCGAUCAUCCUCUUGACGCUCAUCUUCCUGCGAAACAGAAUCCGCAUAGCCAUCGCUCUCAUCCAGGAGUCCAGCAAGGCAAUCAGUCACAUGAUGUCUGCACUGCUGUACCCUCUGGUCACCUUUGUCCUCCUGAUGGUGUGUGUUACUUACUGGGGCUCAACUGCUUUAUAUUUGGCCACUUCAGGAAGUCCAAUCUACAGAGUUGUGGCUCUCAACUCCUCGAUGAGUGACUGUAAGAGUGUAAACGGCACAGAGGACUGUGACCCUCGGAACUUCACCUCGUCAGAUUACCCAGGCUGCCCCUCCGCCAGCUGCAUCUUCAUCAAAUACAACAACGAGGGUCUCUUACAGAGGAACAUCUUCAAUCUGCAGAUCUACAACGUGGUGGCCUUUCUCUGGUGUGUUAACUUUGUCAUUGCCCUGGGGCAGUGCACGCUGGCCGGGGCCUUCGCCUCCUACUACUGGGCCUUCAACAAACCAGAUGAUAUCCCCAUGUUCCCCGUGUGCGGCGGCUUUAUACGCUCACUCAGGUACCAUGUUGGCUCUUUGGCAUUCGGUGCAUUGAUCCUGACCCUGGUGCAGGUCGUGAGGAUUCUUCUGGAAUAUAUUGACCACAAAACAAAAGGGGCGCAGAAUCCAGUCGCACGUUUCAUAUUGUGCUGCAUGAAGUGUUGCUUCUGGUGUCUGGAGAAGUGCAUCAAGUUCCUCAACAGAAACGCUUACAUCAUGAUCGCAAUUUAUGGGAAAAACUUCUGUGUUUCUGCCAAAAAUGCUUUCAUGCUGCUCUUAAGGAACAUUAUAAGGGUCGUGGUGCUCGAUAAAGUGACGGACGUGCUGUUGCUCUUCGGGAAGCUCCUGGUGGUCGGAGGCGUGGGUGUACUGUCCUUCUUUUUCUUCUCCGGACGAAUUCUGCUCCCGGGCAGCACCUUCCGCUCUGAAACCCUCAACUACUACUGGAUGCCAAUUAUUACCGUGGUGUUCGGCAGCUACUUCAUCGCUCAUGGAUUCUUCAGUGUGUACAACAUGUGUGUUGACACACUCUUCCUCUGCUUCUUGGAGGACCUGGAGCGUAACGACGGAUCUCUACAGAAGCCGUACUUCAUGUCCAAAAACCUCAUGAAGAUCCUCAACAAAUCCAACAAGAAACCCAAAAGAGCUAAAGAAGGAGAGUGACGAUGUUGUUUUUCUCGUCUUCACCUCAUGAAACCACAUCGUCACUGUGUCACAGAUCAGUUCAGGAUCUUUACAUUUGUAACCUUAGUUUUAACGCUCCGGCUUUGUCGUUGUCUAAUUUUGCACUUUCUAAUCUCUCUGACCACCUGUCAAUCAUCAUGGACACUGACAUCCCCUUCCCAAGACACAAGUGCAAUAUAUCCUUCAGAAAUCUCAAGUCUAUCUCUUGACCUUGUUUUAAUCUUUUACUGAAAGUCUUUUACGCUGGAUUCUUAACAUGUGAUAUGUUCAGAUGAAUCUUUGUAGAAACAUUGUUUCACGUUAUAUAUUUUUACGUAUUUGUAAUUUUUUUUUAAAGUUGUAUAAGCACAUUUUUUUUUUCUUAACGUGUUCCGAUUGUUAAUAUUAAAAUAUAAUGUAAUACAUUUGUAAACAUGACAUCAUUUGUAACCUUUGCACUUCAUGUCAAUGAUAUUUCACUCGGUUACCCCCGGGUCACCUGACGCUCAGGAAAACCAGUAAAAGGAGAAUUCAGCCACUUCCACAUAACGUCAAUUACUCCUCUGUUUGUCUUGAUGUGCAUUAAUUCACUGCUUUUAAUAUCAAAAUGUAGAUAACAAGAAAAGUGAACGUUUAAAUCUCCUACAUUUGGUUUUGCUGUCAGAACUCGCUCAGUGUGACUUCCUCCACUUUGUUUUUGUAUCUUUAAUUCCUGACCCUGGUGUGAAUGCGAUCGUGCCACAGACCUGAUUCAUAGAGUAACACUGUCGAAGAGGAACUAAACUGAUUCUACAUAUCAAUGUGUUUACGUGGUGCAGAGGGAAACUGCUGCAUGUGUGAUAAAAACCUGUCGAAACUUUUGAGGCUGUUCAGGGUUGCUGUGUGAAAUCUGAAACGAGAGCUUCUCGAUGUGAAAUUCAAGAGAACAAAUGAACUGAACCAUUCUCACAUUGACGGGGAGGGACAAACAUUUUCGCUCUUGUCAUUUACAUUUAUUUAACUUUAUGAGAGAACAGGUUUUUAACUUUUUAUUUUAUUUUCCAAUAAAACACAGGAGUUAUGGAAACCAGGAUCCGGAUGAUUUCUCGCUUUACAAAAGCAUGUUGAGACCUACUCGCACAUCUCGUCGCCCUCCAUGGCUGGUCGUCCAGUCAAACACGUAAAAACAGCAUUUACAAUAUUCAUAUAUACAAAUAUAUAAUGUACACACGCUCACUCGGACACAUACAGCCAGAAAAAAGAAGUGUGACAGAAGUGUUUUACAUUUUAGAAUCACACUGGGGCUCAGUUAACGGAACUGUUGCUCGUCAGCUGUGUGCCGACUUUUUCCUCCAACCUUUGAGACGGCUCUACCUACGAAUGACUUCACAGUGCAAUGGCAGUUUUUUUUUUUUGUUAAGACAUAAGUAUAUAAAAAUGCAUCCAUCCAUCUGUGCUAUUUCAUGUCAGUGUGUUAAAGAGCAAGUCGCAAAUGCUACAACUUGUUCACGUAAUGAUCCAAUUAUAUUUUUCACCCUCUGACAUCGUGUGUGUGACUGAUGCGUGACUCUUUGGCCUUUUACGGAGUGAGAAACAGUUGCUAUGGCAACUACGAUGCAAUCUCAUACCCCUCCCCCGUGUUCCCGUUUUGACUGAAACUUUCCAAAACAUGCCUCCCUCUCCGUGUUAAAGGAACAAACUGACUCUUUAGGGAGGGAAGCAAAAAAACUAUGAAUCACUGACUGGACUUCCCCCCCCCCCGUGUGAGUUUAACACACACACAAAGAAAAGGUUUCUGUAACUCACUCUGGUCACAUAAUACUGUCCCUUAGUGUCCAACUGUACUGUUCUGUGUGCAUAUAUCUACGGGUGUGUGUGGAGAGAGAGAGAGGGCUAACAUGACUGAUUUUGGGUUUCGUGCAACACGAACUCAUCGAGUGUUUCUUGCAUAAACGAUAUAAGAAGCAGGUGGUCGGGGCCGAGGUUCCUUAAACAAAUUCACCUUUUCCAGGUGGAGGAGAAAACCAAAUUUCCUGUAGUUGUCAUCUCAUUUGGGGAUCAAACACAAGUUCAACACCUGCUAGAAAAUGUAACACGUGUGUGUGUGUGUGUGUGUGUGUAUGUGUCUGUCUGUGGUUCAAGCUAAGUGUGUGUUUGUAUUCCUU